GGGAAAGGGUGGGGUGCAGCAGCCUAGCAGUCUCCAUGGGAACGGGACGCCGAGGCCUAGGCGGCGGAAGUGCGGCCCCGCAGCAGCAGGACAUGGCGGCUGCUGGCUGCUGUAAGGCCGCUGGGCUGUGGUGCGGGCUGUGGGUCGCCGCCGUUCUGCUGGCCGAUGCCCGCGGCCAGCAGGGAGCGUUUAGCCCGGGACACUCAGCGGCAUCACUACCUGUGGGCACAGCCGCAGCCGAGCGGAGGUACCUGUUAUACGAUGUCAAUCCCCCAGAGGGGUUUAACUUGCGGCGGGAUGUAUACAUUCGCAUGGCCUCCCUAAUUAAGACGUUACAGAAAAGCGCAGCGUGGGUGCUGGUCCUGCCGCCCUGGGGCCGCCUCUAUCACUGGCAGAGCCCAGACAUACACCAAGUGCGCAUUCCCUGGGCCGAGUUCUUCGAUCUUCACAGCCUUAGCCAGAAUAUCCCCGUCAUUGAGUAUGAAGAGUUCUUGGCAGAGUCUGGAGGACCGUUCAUUGAGCAGGUGUACGUCCUUCAAGGCUACGCAGAAGGCUGGAAGGAGGGUACCUGGGAGGAGAAGGUGGACCAGAGGCCAUGUAUUGAUCAGCUCAUGUACUCUGAGGACAAACAUGGGUAUUACAGGGGAUGGUUUUGGGGCUAUGAAGAGACCAGAGGAUUAAAUGUCACCUGCCUCUCGGUCCAGGGAUCUGCGUCUCUCAUUGCUCCAGUGCUACUGAGAAACACCACUGCAAGGUCCGUGAUGUUAGACAGAGCAGAGAACCUUCUACAUGAUCAGUACGGAGGCAGAGAUUAUUGGAAUACUCGGCGCAGCAUGAGAUUUGCCCAGCACCUGAGGGUAGUAGGGGAUGAGUUCCGCGCCAAUUUUCUUCAGUCUAAUGAUGUGGCUGACAAGACAAUCUUCCACGAAGACUGGACGAAGGUGAAGGCAAAACCUAGCACACCACUUGGGGGGCCUUACGUGGCUGCCCACCUUCGGAGGAAAGACUUCAUAUGGGGACACCGGGAAGACGUACCCAGCUUGCGUAGAGCUGCAGAGGAAAUUCAUAGUCUCUUGAAGAAGCUGAAACUCAAGAAAGUAUUUAUUGCCACAGAUGCCGACAGACAAGAUCUUGAAGAACUGCGGAAACUGAUCCCGGACAUGGUGAGGUAUGAGCCAACAUGGGAGGAGCUGGAGAUGUACAAGGACGGAGGGGUGGCCAUUAUAGACCAGUGGAUCUGUGCCCACGCCAGAUAUUUUAUUGGCACCUCCGUCUCCACUUUCUCAUUCCGCAUUCACGAGGAGAGAGAGAUUUUCGGCUUUGAUCCAAAGACGACCUACAACCGAUUCUGCGGGGACAAAGAAAAGGACUGUGAGCAGCCCACCCACUGGAAAAUUGUAUACUGACCAGGAAAACGCCGGUAUCAUUACUUUGCACAACAGGCCCCAUGCCACUUCCACUGUGACCUUGUCCACGUUGGAUCGUGUCCUAUACUGUAAAGGAUGAUCAUGGAUCUGCUUUUAAGGGAACACUUCCUAGUACUGCUGUCUUUUCAGUGUUGGCAUCUAAGAUUUAAAACCUAUGAUGGACAUCUUUAAUGCAUCGCCAUAAAAUAUGAGCAGGCGUGGAUCUGGGGCUGUCUGUAGGUUCGUUACGCCUGUUCAUAUCCCCAUCUCCUCUGGUUAGGCUGAAACUUGCUAAAAGAGAGUUUGAUAAACUUCAAAGGCAACUUGCUGAACAUUCCUAUAAAAUCCUCUUCCAGUAUUCUUAUUCUCUGCUACACCUUGUGGAGGAAAAGUAGCUUAAAAGGAUCGAUAAUGAAUAUUAAGACUAUUUUGCAUAGUAAUCCAACAGCUGCCUAUUCCCAUUCUCUCACAAGCGAUGCCUCUAACCCCAUUGUAUGUUCCGGUCCAACUUUGUAUGUUCCGGUCCAACGUUGGCUUUAGAUGUCGGCUGUUUAAGUAUAGGGUGUUGAUCAUAGGGUCGACAAUAACUAGGUCGACAGUUAUUGGUCAACACCUGAAAUAGGUCGACAUGGAAAAAGGUCGACAUGAGUUUUUGAAGAAAAAAUAUUGUGACGUUUUCUUCGUAAAGUGACCGGGAACCCCAAUUAGUGCAUCGUGUCCCCUCACAUGCCUUCGGGCAAGGUGCCUCGCACUGCUGCGCCCGGCACAGGUUGUUACUCCCAAUUGUAGUCCACACAGGUUGUUACUCCCAAUUGUGGAUCGUAAAGCAUGAAAAAGUUCAAAAAAAUUAAAAGAAAAAAACAUGAAAAACUCAUGUCGAUCUUUUCAUGUGUCGCCCUUUGUCAUAUCGACCUAAUGUAUGUCGACCGAUAGUGGUUGACCUAAAGACUGGAUACCUUGGGAUGUUACUUAAUGGUUUUUAGAUAUUGGGAUAGAGGCAUCAGCACCUUUGGAACCUUGUAUACUUAGUGCAAUCUAUGAUAAAUUAGCAUUUUUCUAUUCUGCCUGUUGCAGGGUUUGUGUUUUUUACUCCCACAUUUUAUAUGUAAAUACCACUGCAAAAAUAAUUUAUCAGUAUUUUAGGAUUUUGUUUUCUACCUGGGGUGUGAUCAUUACACUAAGCUGUAUUGCAUCCGGCAGGAAAUGGUGACACCGUUCUUAAAAGUGUUUUGUAUAUACCUCAAUCUUUGUUUUUAUGAAACAUUAAAAGUCUUCUAAUAA